AUUCAAACCAACCUUAGUCACAAUAUGCCUAUAUCUAUCUAUUGGCCAUCUUGAAAUCUAAUGGUAGCAAUAUUCGACAACAUCUACCUCAGAGCAGUUAUGCUGUAACUAUGAAUUUCAGUAGUUCAGACACUCGAGUUUCAGCUAUCAGGUUUAAUGUUCGACUAUGCUCCGCCUACUUUGAUUUACCCAUCAGGGUCACUACAUGAACCUGUACUUGGUUAAUGAGUUACACUUGUCAGUACUAAGAAACUGCAUAUCCCAAAGUGGUUCCUGUUGCUUGUGGUCCACUUUCCCGGUCGCUUCAUUAUUACCUAUGAGGGUAUAAAUUUUAUGACUUACUCGUUUCAAAUAUCCAUUUACAUAAGCUCAGUGAAAUUAUCCAGAGCCUAUGUUUCAUUCCUGAGAAACGUCCCUCUUCAGAUCUGAAUACAUAUUUAGCACAUUAGUUAGCAUUUUGUACAGUCCUUGCUAUCCCUAUGCUUACAACAUGUGAUACGUCCCUCUCAAGAAGACUGAGCCAGUUAGUAAUCACGAUUAAAUGUGCUACAUUUUCUUCGUCGUGUAAAAGCUUAUUUAGCAAAAGCGGUGAUUUGUUUGCAGACUUAUUAGUUGACAAUACUUUUGUUUACAAAACCAAAGUGUGCCGUAAGACAUGGAAUCCUACAUGGAAUGAGUCUAUCUCAGUUAUUGCAUCUCCGAAGAGCAUCAUCCAAAUAAAAGUCUUUAAUCAUUUCAAAUUGGGACCUGAUGUAUUAAUUGCUGUUGCGGCCAUCAAUCUCUCCUCUAUACUCAUUGAGCAUAACGGUAUUCUUUCUGAAUGCGAGCUGAGGUUAUCCCUAUUCCAAGGAUGUGAUUAUAAAGGAUCAGUAUUUGUGAUGCUGGAUAAGCUUAACGUGUGUGUACAAAAUCUUGAAAACGGAAAUAAUAUGCUUGACAAUUUACCACAAGUCCCCUCUAGCUCGAACGGAUUAGACCCUACACCUAUUCAGCACCAAAGAUCUCAUCAUCAGUUAGUAAAUGGCUAUACUACUGUGAUUACAACUGAUAAUAUUCAACCUCCAAACGGAUCUAAUUCACACACGGAAUUUAACAUCUCUAGUGCGCCUAGAGUGCCAGCAAAUCAACAUGAUAGGGAUUUCUGGUCAGCUUUAAUAGGAUCUCUAUUUGGAUCCCAUAAAUUUUCAUCUACAAGGAAUACUUUAGCAACUGUUGACUCAACUUCUAGAGGUCAAGAUGCAGAAUUACCUGACAGGCAACGCCCUUUAAAUGAUUGGACUGAAGUCGAUGGUUUCUGGGAACCUAACAACCUAUCUGCUUCCUCUUCACUGUCAAAUUCUAAUGUUAAUUCCCAAAAUACUCAAAUUGAUUUGUCAUUACCACCAGGUUGGGAAAGACGUUUUGACAAGUCAACUCAGAAAUAUUAUUUUAUCAACCAUAAAUGUAAAAUCACUCAAUGGGAGGAUCCACGUGAACGUGGAAUGGAUGAAACCCAACCUCUCCCGCCUGGAUGGGAGAAACGUUAUACCGCCCAAGGACAAAGGUUUUUCAUUGAUCAUAAUACCCAUACUACUACCCUUGUUGAUCCACGUACUGGACAACAUGCUGGUUCAUUGGGUAGUAUGGGAGUCCCAUUGCAAUAUGAAAGGAAUUUUCGAUCCAAAGUCAAUUAUUUCCGUGCUUGUUGUACAAAUGCCAUGUUAAAUGGGCAGACCAAACUUCUUAUAUCAAGAGAUAAUUUAUUAGAGGACUCAUUUCAACUGGUAUCCCAAAUGUCUUCAUCUGGUUUAAGAAGACGUUUAUCUAUAACAUUUCUACAUGAAGAAGGUUUGGAUUACGGUGGAGUAGCCAGAGAAUGGUUCUAUCGUCUUUCAAGAGAAAUUUUAAACCCAAUGUUUGGCUUGUUUGAGUAUACUGGAACAGAUUAUGCCUUACAAGUAAAUCCAGCCUCUCAUGUUAAUCCAAAUCAUAUGGCGUAUUUUCGAUUCGUUGGACGCUUUAUUGGUAUGGCACUUUUUCAUGGUCGCUGCAUUGAUGGUGGGCUUACUCUUGCUUUUUAUAAACAAAUUUUGAAGCGGAAAUUAACAUUAGAAGACCUUGGCCAUACGGAUCACAGUUAUUAUCAAUCGUUAAUUUAUGUCAGAGAUAAUCCAGUUGAUGAGUGUGAUUUGGACUUGUACUUUAUUGGAACCUAUGAUCUUUUAGGCGCUUUGCGUGAAGACGAACUUAUUGAAGGUGGCAAAGAUAUUAAAGUGACUGAGGAAAAUAAAUCCGAUUAUAUCAGACUAAUGGUUGAUUGGCGAUUCAACAGAGGAGUAAAAAAACAAACAGAAGAAAUUCACAAAGGUAUUUUUGAAGUACUAAAUCCCGAGUGGCUGGAAUUAUUCGAUGAGCGUGAACUUGAACUCCUAUUAUCCGGUAUGCCAGAGAUUGAUGUUGACGAUUGGGAAAAGAAUACGGUCUACAUAAAGUACACACGAUCAAGUAAACAGAUUAUUUGGUUUUGGAAGUUGAUUCGAAAACUUGAUAAUGAACAUCGUGCUCGUCUUCUACAAUUCGUCACAGGUACCUGUCAUUUACCAUUAGGAGGCUUCUCUGAAUUAACUGGCAGUGGUGGUCGUCAGUUAUUUUGUAUAGAACGUACAGGCGAUGAACAAUGGCUACCACGUAGUCACACAUGCUUCAACCGGUUAGAUUUACCGCCAUACAAUUCGUACGAUCAAUUGUGCGAAAAACUGCAAAUGGCAAUUGAAGAAACUAAGGGAUUUGGGCAAGAAUAAAUCUAACCUCCUCUAUGACUUUCCCUUAAAAACACUUAAAUUAUAAUGUUAUUUUUAUUGUGUAUAUUCCAGUAAUCAUCUAUCACAGUAAUGAUUGAUGAGAAACGUUUUGUGGAGGUUAGGGUAGGCGGUGAAGUGGUAAAAUCAGUGGUAUACUGUGUUUUGAAUAAACUGUGAUCUAUUACCAAUUAGCAAUCAUUUUUUGUUAGUAAUUUCCGUUUUCUCUUUUCGAUUACCAUUAUUAUUAUUAUUAUUAUUAUUAUUAUUAUUAUUAUUAUUAUUAUUAUUAUUGUCUCUGGGUAAUGAAAAUUAUUUUAUUAAAUAUUUUUUUCUAA